AAUUGAAAGAAUUAUAUUUUAAUAACUUAUUGUUAACUUUUGAUAAUCUUUUUAGUUUUAAUCGGUUUUAAUCAAGAGGAUGAUUGUUUUUCGUUAAUUAUAAUUAUUUCCUAAUAAUAAUCGGGCGCACAAUAACACAAUAUGACUCUUAAUAAUUAAAAUUAUUACAGUUAAUUUCUAAUGGUAAAUUAAAUUACCUCUUUUUGAGACACCCAGUAUAUUCUGGCGUUUUCUUCAAGAUACUCUACUUCCGUUCAUAGUUCGUUUCCUUAAAUAAGGGCCAUGUAUUGCGCCUCUGCAUUUACUUGUUAUUGCCAUACUUAUUAUACUUUCGCUAUUAAGUUUUUUUCAAUUAUUAAUACUAUUUAACGGUGAACGUGUGUGUGUGCGCGUGUGCGCGUGUGUGUAUGUAUUUGUGUGUGUAUGUGCGCGCGCGAAUGUGUGUAAAAAGCAAGCAAUCUAGCUAAACGGCCGCGUUCUAGCUGCACGUUUAGCCCUAAAAACAACGGCUGCGCGAUUUCUGCUUUAAUAAAUGCCGUUCUUUUGUGGAAAGAAAAAAUUAUCUUUUACCGCUAGUCGGCCGCUAGAGCGCGGAGAGUGUGUAAUAAACUGUCGUGUCACUUAAAAAUACACUCUUUUGUAAUUGUACGUACGUAUAUAGUAUAUAUACUGAUGCAUACAUACAUGUACGUGUAUGUACGUAUGUGUGUGUGUAUAGUUGUGUAAGCAUUGUUCCCGUAUUUAUUUAUAUGAUCGCGUUUAACGGCGCUUUUCCCCACAAUUAAGAAUUGAUCUUUCAGAUAGACGUUUCAACGUAAUCGUUGUCUUCUUUCUCGAUUUUAUAUAAUGCGUCGUCAACGAAUUAUCAAUUGAUUAUUAAUUAUUCAUUAAAGGUUCAUCUCUGAUCAAUUAUAUUAAACUUUUAAAAAUUCAUAUCUAUACUGAAUAAUUGUACAAAUUUUUAUUUUUUCUCACUUGACUGAAUAGCAAAAAGAUAACGAUUGAAUAUAAAUAUAAUAUGAAUAGAUUAUUUAUAAUUAUAAGAAACAUCGGUAAUAUUUGUUAUAUCAAUAUUAUAUCAUCGGCUUUUCUAUCUUAUCAAUAUUUUUCAUGAGAAAUGCGAUUAAUCGCAAUAUGAUGGGAAAAGAGAGAAAAAAUAAAAUUGAUCAGAGACAGCCAGUAUACUUUGUAGACUUGCUAUAAUUACUUUGUAAUUAAGAAACAUAUCUCUUUGUAAUUUAUAUUUAUUCGUUCCAAAUUUGCUCAAAGCAAUACCUUUCGCACUAAGCCAAAUGUGUCAGCAGAUUUGCAUUCUCCCCUCAAUCAUUUCCCACAGAACUGUCAAAACGCUCGCAAAAAAAGACUCGAGAAUGAGUCCUUCGCGUCGUCGAGCUGUAAAUGCUGGGACACUCAGUGUCGUACAUUCCACACGAAUCGGAUAGGACGAAGUGGCCAAAUGCUGCUCCCGCACGAAGAAGAGAGCCUGAAUACGCGAAAGGCUGCGAGAUCGGACGCGAAACCGCGUCGGAGACGAGGACGUGCGUACCACUGUACGCGUACUUAUUUAUAAUAGCAUUGAACUUUUCGCGCUCCAUUUCGAACAUUUCGACACACUUCGCCGCGAGCAGUCGGAGAAAUGUUGAAUUCUGGGGCAUAAUGUGUAAAUAUACGUAUGUACUGAGCGACGAUUAAUAAUGACGACGGGUGAGAGACAAUUAAUAUGUAUGUAUGUAUGAGUCGUGUGCGUGUGUGCGAGUGGCGUGAGUCUGCGGAGCGACAAAGAAAACCGAUUACAGUGUCAUAAUGCUACUCUUUACGAGGCAUAAUCCUCUGCAUUUUCAUCGUGAAUCCUUAUAGAAGUCCUCCAUUACUGCGACACGCACUUGUUGUUUCUGUUGUUACACUCACAACGAACUACGGGAAUGAAUUAAUCCGUGUUUCUUAUAAGAAUUGUAAUCUGUUGAUUGUCGUUGACGAGACGUCGACGGAACGAUCCCUUCGCACUUCAAUUAUCCGUAACGAAAUGUUGCUUUUACUUCCUGCGAUACUUCCUUUAAUCGAUACUUACUAAGGAUCGUCGGAUCUUGAGCUUUGAGGAUUUUUUCAGCGUUGGAUCUAGAGAUCCCGGGAUGUUUCAAACCCGAAAGCAUCAGAUUGUUCCAUUUGCGGAUCUUUAGAUCUCUGGAAUUUAAGUUUUUACUUUCAAACCUUUGGAUUGUUUACUUACCGAGCUCUUUUUGGAUCUCUGGACGCGAAUCUUUUAACUUUCGUUAACGUUCAGAUUUCUAGAUUGCAUUCGCAAAUAUCUGAAUGUUUUAAUCGAUCGAUGAAUUGCUAUUUACUCGUAGCUAUAUCCUUGAUUGGAUUUCCUGUUACUUGUUAGAUCUAGAUCGUGGCAUCCUAUUGCUCUUUGACCAUGUAAAUCCUCAAAUUCCGGAUUCUCAUUUAUGUAUUUCCGUUCCUUAAGAAUGGACCCUUCACAAAACCGACUGAUUUAUCAUAAGUUUUGUAGCCAACUUUCAACGAAUCACUUAGCCACGUAACUUCGAGGAGCGCCUCAUACACGAUCCAAUUUAAUCGCAAGAUUCAGCUGAGAUCUUUAGAAAUCGCUUGGUAAACCAUUUUUAUUCAAUUAUGUUGCGUAAUUUUUUGACAGUGGCAAUUAAUUAAUCAGGAACAAGAGAGUAAUACUUAAACCGGCAUACUGCUAAUGAUAGACGCAAUUUGGCAUUUUGAUUAAUCGUGAGUGAGCAAUGUAAUAUAUUUAAUUUUACAUUACAAAUGCUUGGAACCUGAAAAACAUGUCGAUCAUAUUUUUUUCGAAAAAAACGUUAUCUCUUUUGCUACAUUGCUUUUGUUGGAUCGUGUACGAUUUGAGUCAUGUACAUGUUUCCAUUGAUUAGAGAUUGUUGCUCAUGAAGAGGAAAGUGUUUGAAGCGAUGAAGAGAAGAUGAUGAUAAUGAUACUGAUAUUGAUAAUGGAGGUACAUGCGAAACGGCAGCUUUUUAAUAUGUCUACGAAAAGUAUUGUCAAAACAAAUACUCUUGAACGUUUUAAUUAAAAGUAAUUCGUACGAUACAUAGAAUUUGAAUCUUUCUACUGUCUAUCCUGGAUUUUUAAUGUAAGGCUAAUAAUUUCAUUAUUUUUGCUUUGUUUAGGUAUUUUAUGGUUACGUGGAUACAUUUGUUUGAUCGAUAUUUUACGCAACGCUAUAUAGGACUUGUAUGUAUGUACAGCAAAGGAGAAAAGAAGUUGCAUCGAAUCGAGCGAAUUAUUUGCGAAAACUUUAAUCAUGCCGAUAAUAGUUAUAAAGGAUUAUCAAUGGCGACAGACAGAGAAGAAGAUAAUAAUUUACAUACCUCUAAAAGGUUGUCCUAAAAAUGUGGAUUUAUUUGCCAUGGAUAAUUACGUAAAGAUUAGUUUUCCACCUUUUAUUUUGGAAUUAUUUCUAUGGAAAAAUGUGCUUGAAGAAGAAAGUGAGUGUACUUUGACGGAUACUGAAGCUAUUUUUUCUUUGCAAAAAGAAAAACCUUCUAAAUGGCCAAACCUCGAGAUGGAAAACAUUAGCAAAGAACAGAAGUGUGAGCUUAGAAAUCGAAUUUUGAAAAAAGCACAAAGCGUUUCGGAAAGUCGUGCAAAAUCUAAAAGUGAAAAACGUCAACAUCUGCAAAAAGAAGCAGUAAAAGUGCAGAUUAAUUUGGAUACCGAUAUACUAAAUAAAAUAGAAUCCUUGAGAGAUUCUCAUCGCAGAGCUGCAAUGCAAGAUUUUGAAGAAUGGCGGUCAAAUGCGGAAAUGCCGAUCCUUCAAGACAUUUCUGGCAAGACACAAGAAAAUAGAAAGGCGUACAGAUGUCCCCUUAAAUGGUUUAAGGAUGACUUUGGUAUCGUGCAAUCUGAGGAAAUUGACACAAAAGAAAAAAUGAAUGAAGAAGUUGAAGUAGAAAAGAGGCACGAAUUAAUAAAAGAACUAAAGGAUGGACCAGGCGUUGUAAAAAAUCCAAAGAGAGAAGUUGCAGAGGAUACGAAGAAAGAGUUGAUUAACAGAGAGAAUCGGAAAGAAAUGUCAAUUAUUGAAAAAGAAUUAAGAAAAGAAUUAAAUAUUGAAAAAAAGGAGAAGAGUUUUAACCUCGAGAAAAGCUCCACGUCUGAAGAUUCCGAGUCGGAUUAUGAAACGGUGUCUUCGACGAAUGCUUUAAUCAAGAAAAUGGAUCGGAAUUCCUUGCAAAAAUUCGCAAAAACGAAAAAACAGAGAUCAGAGCAUGAUUUGAUCGACAAAAUAUUGAAAAAUCGAUAUUCUCGAAUAAACCAGAUAUUUGAUGAACCUGCCAAAACGAUUCCACUUCCCAGAAAAAGCGCGACUAUCAAUAUAACUUUCUCUGAGCGGGUCUUUCCUACUCCGGCUAGGGAGAGUUCUCACGCGGAAGAACAGGAAUGGCUUUCUAAACAAGCGGAGGCUAGAAGGAAAACUGGAUUCGUUGUUGAGGAUCUUCGUCCUGAGGAACAGGAUCCUCAGUGGUUGAAGGACAAGGGCGAGUAUGUCAGCAAAAGUGUGCUUUGUUGUGCAGUUACUAAUGUUUCGAUUAAUUGCUUCUUUCGCAGUGACUUCUUCAAGGCAGGGAAUUAUUUGGCUGCUAUUAGUGCAUAUACACACGGGAUAAAAAUUAGCGACAAAAUGACGACGCUCUAUGUAAAUAGAUCCGCUGCGCAUUAUGCAAUUGGAAAUUAUUACAGGUGCAUUGACGAUAGUUCCAAGGCGUUAGAACUAAUGGAGCCAAAGUGCGAAAGUAAUAGAGUAUCGCGAGCGAGAUGUCAUGCUCGCCGAGGCGCUGCAUUGUGCAAAUUAUCUGCACCACAGCAUGGAAUUCCCGAGCUAGAAACCGCUUUGGAAUUAGAUCCGAAUAACGACAGUAUUAAAAACGAUCUUUAUGCUGUCAGACAAUAUUUCGAUAUUAAGAAAUGAAGAAAAACGACUGGUGGACUAGGUUUUGCAAGACUCUUGUGAAAAUUGUGGAAACGCUUCAAUUUAUUUAUGAAUAAGUCGAUGAAUAUAUAAUACGUAGACAAGUAUGUAUAAUUAAAAUAUAUUAUAAAAAUGUACAAGAUACAUUUGAAGACUUUUUUCUAUCCACAAAGGAAAAAUACAUAAUUCUCUUAAUUCUGUUGCACUUUCCAUUCUAUCAAAUAAGUUCGUUUUAUAACUUUAGUUUAUUAAAAAAAAUAUAUAUGAAAUAUAAAACAACACUUAAUAAAAAUAUCACAGAUAUAAAGCCUUCAUUUUUGGACCCAAUAAAGUCUUACGAAUGUGUUUGUGCUGCUUACUACUUUGCAUCCUGUUUGAAUCUAACAUUAAUCCCUAAUCUAUUAUAAAUCCUUGGAUUUAUCCGCGUAAUAGAUGAAAAGAUUUUUUGAACAUAGUGGAGAAUUUUUGAUUCCAAUAUGUUUUAAAAUUUAGAACAAAGAUGUAG